AUGGAGGAAGGGACAAGGUUGGUUCAAGGGUUGUCCAAUCUUCACAUCUUGCACUUGAUGUUCAACUGCACAACCCACCACACCGAGCAGCUUGUCACGUUGGAUGACCGUCUUAAGAUGCUGUCGGAGAGCCUAAAGAUACAGGAAGCAAGGGAUAUGAAGGAGACAUUGCUUUUGGCAAGGCAAAGCUUCAAAAAGCUCGUUGAAUUUGAAGGUUAUAACAGGGAACAGUUGGAAACUCUGAGGCUGCAAGUGCAACAGCAAGAGCAACCAAGUGCUCUGAAGGAGACGUUGGCUUUGGCAAGAGAAAGUGCGAAAGCACUUGCUGGAAUGAAAGGGUCUAUUAGAAGGCUGCUGGCUACACUAGAGCUGCAGCUGUAA